GAACCAGUGUCAUCGUUCACAAGAGGAAGUAAUUUCUUCCCAGGAAACAAUGUUAUUUAUGAAAAAACAAUAAGAAAAGUGGAGAAGCUAAAUACAGAUCAGUAUCCUCAGGUUCAAUGCCAUCAUCAUCACCUUGUCCAACAACCGCAGAUCAUACACUCUCCACACUGUCAACAAUCCUAUUCAACUCAGCAAAUUCAAACCAUCACAGAAAGUGAUUCCAUCUCUACAAAUAUUGGAAAUGAAUUGGGCCUUGGUGAAUCAAGCCAGAUACAUGAACAGAUUACAAUUCAGGAUGCUGGCCCUGAGAAAUUGGACCCCAAAUAUUUUGGAGAACUGCUUGCUGAUCUAAGUCGUAAAAAUUCAGACCUAUAUCACUGCUUAUUAGAACAUUUGCAGAGAAUUGGAGGAAGCAAACAAGACUUGGAGUCUACAGAUGAGUCAGAAGACAUUGAAUCAUUGAUUCCUAAAGGACUUUCAGAAUUUACAAAGCAGCAGAUCCGCUACAUUCUGCAGAUGAGGGGAAUGGCGGAUAAAUCACUCCGACUAGUGCUGUCUACAUUCAGCAACAUACGAGAGGAACUUGGACAUCUUCAAAAUGACCUGACAGCACUUGAAAAUGACAAGUUAAGACUGGAGAAAGACUUGGCAUUCAAAGAGACUCAAAUAAAAGAGUAUGAGGAACUUCUGGCGUCAGUGAGAGCAAAUAAUCGCCAGCAGCAGCAAGGACUUCAAGAUUCCACCUCAAAAUGCCAGACAUUGGAAGAAAACAAUCUCUCUCUACGGCAUACACUGUCUGACAUGGAAUAUAGACUGAAAGAACUGGAAUACUGCAAACAUAAUAUGGAACAGGAGAAUAAAAACCUUAGAAUUCAGGUUUCUGAGACUUGCACGGGCUCAAUGCUGCAGGCUAAAAUGGAUGAAAUUGGCAAUCACUACAUGGAGACGGUAAAAAAUUUGAGAAUGGAGAAAGAUAGAGAGAUUAGCAAAUUAAGGACCCAGUUAAACCAAUACCAAAAAGAUGUUUGUAGAAGAGAAGGAAAUUGCAGUGAUUUCCAAUUCAAACUUAAAGAAAUGACAAGCUUGCUGGAAGAGAAGGACUCCCUUAUAAAACGUCAGUCUGAGGAACUCUCCAAGCUGAGACAAGAAAUAUACUCAUCUCAUAACCAAACGUCCAGUGGUGGAAGGACUACUAUAACCACUAAAAAGUACAGGACACAAUACCCAAUCCUAGGCCUCCUAUAUGAUGACUAUGAAUAUAUACCACCUGGAAGUGACACACAGACUAUUGUGAUUGAGAAAACAGAAAAUAAAUGGAAUUGCGUAAGUUAUCUUAGACAUUUCUGGUACAAUUUUGACUAUAUCUUUUGGGAUACUUAG